AAACACUGCAAAAGUUAAUGCCCAAAGGCGACGCCCCCAACGCUGCCACAAUGAUAACCAACAAUAAUUUGGAUUACGAGAAGAACAGUAAUACGAGUAGCACUGGCAGCAACACAGCACCAGCAGCAACAGCAACAGCUCUGGCAACAGCAACAACAACAACAACAGCCUCAACAGCUAUGAGCAACAGCAAUGGCAGCGCCAACAGCAGCAACAACUCCUCGCCAACUUCGGCCACCAAUGCGAACGUCAAUGACAAUAGCAACAGCAACAACUCAUACUUUAAUCGCUUCGAUAAUCGCAUUGCCGCAAAUCUGGCCGCGGUCAUAACGGGCGCCCGAUUUCGCUCCUCCUCCUGCAGCAGCCGUACGACCAACAAUGCCAAUGCCAGCCACAACAAGCCCCACGAUAAUGCAGCGCGAGCGGCGAUGGGUGUUGCCACCUCAGCGGCACGCACCCUGUCGCAGCACUACAAUAGCAUGGCUACUCUGGCACGCAGCAAGGCCCCCUGCAUGAGCAGCAGCAGUGGCAGUAGCCAGUCGCGUCCUGCCUCGCCUGCUCCACCCACAACCUAUGGCAGUCCCUCUCCCGGUCGCCGUCGUCCUUUGCAGCUCUUCACGCCGGUCAACCUCAACUGCAAUGACAACGACAAAGUGGCCCAAACACCCAGCUCCGAUGAGGACAAUUCACCCACAGAGCUCAAUAAUUGCAAGCGUUUGACCGACAAACCGCCGCUGGUCAAGCGUCUGACCAUGGGUCUGUUGCGCCACAACGAAGAGUCAUGCCCCCUGGUGAGCAAUGCCACGCCCAUAACGGGCAGCAUAGCCAGUACAACGCCCACUCUGACGCACAGCACGGCUCUGGUUAACCAGCUUAGGUGCAGCGAGAGCGACAGCAAUCCCAUCUACUCGAAUGGCUACAUCAAUGAGGACUCCUAUAUCGACAGCAAAUUCGGCGACUCCUGCCGACAAUCCCUGACCGCCAUACCCAUGCUGGAUAAUGUGAAUGUGAACGAUAACAGCGAGUUCAAUUUGAAGAAGCGAUACCUGCGCGAAACUAGCAGCGCCAAUUCCAGUCCCAAGAUCUUUGCAAAUCGCCUGCGAGUGAACAAUGCCACAACCUUGGCUGCAGGUCGCUACAACAACCCCAACACCCACAGCAACAGCAGCGGCAGCAUCAAUCAGCCAAGCAACCCCGAGGAGGAGGAGGCCGAGCUGAAGGACGCAUGUUGGUAUCAGGCGGGCAUCUCACGAGAUAUUGCUGUGGAGGUGUUGCAAAGUAAAAGUCCAGGCGCCUUCCUGGUGCGAAAAAGCACCUCUAAGCCGGGUUGCUAUGCGCUCACAUUGCGAGUGCCAUCGCCUCCGGGUCCCAAGAUAGCAAACUACAUUAUAUUGCGAACGGCGCGCGGCUACAAGAUCAAAGGCUUUCGCAAGGAGUUCUCGAGCCUGAAGGCGCUGAUAACUCACCACUCGGUCAUGCCAGAGCUCCUGCCCGUACCGCUGGCGAUGCCAAGGCCCACAAAUAUGUCCUCGUCGCGUCGCAAUCUAGAUGACUUCGAUACCUAUGACUCGCUACAAAUGCUUCUCAAAUAUUUGCGCGCCAAGGACAUCGAGGGGGAGUAGAAAUGGCAUACAAAUUGCUUUUAAGUUUCUGUUAUUUUUGGCAUGAUAUAUGCAUAAAAAAUAUUUAUACAAGUAUAUGUAUACUCGUACACAAACAUAUGUUAUAGAAAAAUGUGAUAUUCGAUAAAAAGAAAAACACAGACACUGCAAAUGAAACGCCUAGCUGAUAAAUGGUGAAAAUACGUAUAGUUUAGUUGGAUUUUUCGCGAAAAAAUGAUGAAUAGAUAAAAGGGAAUGAAGCGCACAUAUAGUAAAUAAAAAUGCUUUAGGGUCGUAAAUAUUUAAACUUGACUUCUCGCGAUUCAUUUUCCGUGUUCCCCGACAACAAAGAAAAAACGAAAGACGGAAAACAAAUAUGACAUUAAAUUUUAAUUCUAUGUUAAAUGUUGUUGCUGCUUCAAUUGUUAAGCACAUAUAAAUACAGAAUAUAUAUACGACGGAAAAAAUACUACAUUUGCAUAUUUGAAAUUAAGCAAAACAAAACAAAAUUGAAAACAAACCUAAAUAUGUAAA